AUGCCAGUUAGUCGAGGUCCUUUAUCAUCGGAUUGGUUUGAACAAAUAAAAAAAAUUGAUCGAAAAGAUUCUAUAAUGUGUGCUUAUAAAUUAUGUCGAGCAGAAUUUCGUUAUUGGGGAAUGCAAAGUAGAUGUGAACGAUUUAUUCAUGAAAUAGCUUUACGUAAAACAAUAUUACGAGCACAUCGACAAGCAUGGUGUUGGCAAGAUGAAUAUCAAGGUUUAACAUUAGCUGAUAUAAGACGUUUAGAAGAUGAAACACAACAUGAAUUAAAUAAACGUAUGGCACAAUUUCAAAAUGAAAAUAUUCGUUUAUCAUUACAAAUAAAAACUUAUGAAGAUGAAAAUUUAACAAAAUCAAUUGAUUCAACAAAUGAUAUUAAUCAAUCUUUCCCUAAAAAACGAAGUCGACAAAUGUCUAUUGAUAAUAUUAAUGCUAGUAGACCAAGAAUUAAUUCAUUUCCAGUACCACCAUUACCAAAAGAUGAAGCACAUGAUGAUGAAUUUUUUGAUGCUGAAUCUAUUCUCGAAGGUAUAUCAAGUUUACGUUCAAGUCUUAGUAUAAUACAUUCCAUAGAAGAUAUUCGAUUGAAUGAUUCAAUACAUUCAGAUUCUCAUCAAUCAAGUAUGGAUGAUGAUGAACGAACAAAUGGAUUAUCAGCAUCAGAUGAUAAUAAUAUUAAUAAAUGUGCCAUUGACAUCCUUAUACUUAUUUUUUAUGGUGGUAAUAUCUUUUCAACAGAAGAAGCUUUUGUAAGUGCUAAAAAAACUGAUUUUCUCAGUUUUCGUUCAACAUUUGAUACUGUCCUAAAAAGUCAUUAUUCACGUGCCGAAGGAAAAAUAGCUAUACGUUUUGUUGAAUGUCGUUCUAUAUGUAUUGAAGCUAUAAAUUUAUUAAGUACUUUAUCACCAUAUGGCGCCUUAAAUACAACGUAUGACAUAUCACAUAGUGAAACAUUACCAAUAAAUGCAAUACCAUUAUUUGCAAUAUCCAAUCCCGGUUAUCAGACAACAUUAACAAAUGUUAUUGUGUCAGCUAAUAAAGUUUAUCAAGAAUUUAUAUCAUCAAAAGAAGGAAAAAAUUUUUCUGGACAAGUUGUUAUUAUUGGAGAUGCUAAUGGUGCAAUUUUAGCUUAUGAUUCACUAUGUUUAAAUCAUACCUUCGAAGAUACAACAUCAUUAUAUGGUGAAGAUGCAUCAACACCACGUACACCUGCACUUGAUAAACGUACCCGAAAAGAUAGUAGUGAGACCUAUUCAGGACAAUCAUCAAAUCGAAUAAGUACAAAAAGUACACCAACAAAUGAUAGUGUCGAAACCAACGAUAACUCAUCAUAUUCUAGUGAUAGUCUUCGUAGUAGACAAGAAAAUUCUAGUAUUAUAUUAGCAUUUGAUGUCAACGAAUUUUUUUCAUUUGGUUCACCUCUUUCACUUAUUCUUGCUUAUCGACGAAUGGUUACUGAAAGUGUUGUUCGUCCAUAUUGUGGACAAUUGUAUAAUUUAUUUCAUGCUUGUGAUCCAAAUGCAUGUCGUAUUGAACCAUUAAUACAAUCAGAAUUUAAUCAUAUACCUCCAUGUUGUAUUGCUCGUUAUUCACAAUUUCCUUUAGGCGAUGGAGAAUCAACAUUACUUAUUGAAUAUAUUCAUCAAUAUUCAAAUUUAUUUUUAAACAAUAAUAAUAAUGCAAAUCAAUUAUCAAAUGAAAUUACUACUGUUUUCUCUGAUAUUCGACAAAAUUGGUGGGGUUCAAGACGUGUUGAUUAUAUUGUUUAUUGUCCGGAAUUUUUAAUGAGUCAACCAGCACAUGUUUUACCUAUUGUUUUUCAUUCAAGUUAUUGGGAAUCACGCGAUGUUAUGUCAUUUAUUUUACGAAAUAUUACACGUAAUCAAGAACAAUUUCAAUUUUUUAAUAGUCAAACUAAUAUGAAUCCAUGUUCAUUUGCACCUGUGAAACCAACUGAACGUUGGUUACAUCGUACAACAGGUGUUAAAAUACGGAAUUUAGCACCAAAUCAUCGAGGAAAUGAUACAAUGGUUGUUGAUGCACGACCACAAACAAUUCAUGCAAAAUUUCAUUAUGGACCUAUUGAUAUGGUUUGUUUAGUUAAUGAAAAAGUUGAUAUUUAUGUUAUGAGAUUUGCUCCAUAUGGAGAAUGGACAUUACUUGAUUCAGUUGAAACAGAUACUCAUGGUCGUAUACGAUAUACAAUAUCUGAUGAUAAAAAAUUACCAGUAGGAUUACAUCCUGUUAAACUUGUUGUUCGUGGUGAUCAUACAACAGUUGAUCUUUAUCUAACUGUAUUACCACCAAAGAGUGAAGCAGUUAUAUUUAGUAUUGAUGGUUCAUUUACUUCAAGUUUUUCCGUUAGUCAUCAUGAUCCUAAAGUACGACCAGGUGCUGUUGACGUCGUAAGAUAUUGGCAAGAAUUAGGUUAUAUUAUUAUUUAUGUAACAGCACGUCCUGAUAUUCAACAACGUCAAAUUGUUCAUUGGCUUGCACAACAUAAUUUUCCUCAUGGUAUGACAUUAUUCAAUGAUGGUAUAUAUCGUGAACCAAUUAAACAUAAAGCUGAAAUGUUACGAAAUGUAGUUGAAAAUGCUGAUUUAAUUAUAACAGCUGCAUAUGGUUCAUCAAAAGAUGUUCCUGGUUAUCAAUUAAUACAUGUACCACCAGAAAAAACAUUUGUUGUUGGUAAAAUUAAAAAUCGUUUACAAGGACAAGCACGUUUUCUUACUGAUGGAUAUGCCUUACAUUUAACUGAACUUUCUAAACCGGGUAUGGUUCGACCAUCAAAAUCAAAUUCUCGUCAUUUAAUACGUCGAGCUUGUUUUAAUUUACCUAAAUUAUCAACAAUGACAGCUGCUCAAUCAUCUACAUCACUUAUUAAUACAAAACAAUCAAAUUCACCAACAUUACAACAUCCAGUUAUUGAUCAAUCAUUAUCAGCACCAUUAAUACAUCGAAGAAUAAAUUUCUAUGAUGAUACAAAUGAUCCUCAACAACAUCAUCGUUUGAUGUUAACUACAUCACAAUCAAAAGAAUCUCCAUCACGUGAAGAAACACCAUUCCGUUUUUUUGAACAUUGCCAGCGAAGUGAAUCAAGACAACGCAUUUGA